AUGCCAAAGAUAAUCCCGGUACCCGAUGAACUCAGCCAGCCCUUCUGGGACGCGGUGAACGAACAGCGCCUAGUCCUCCAGAACUGUACCGUCUGCGACAAGCUCCAGUACCCGCCCCAGGCGGCCUGCCAGGCGUGCGACUCCGCCGAUGGACUGGAGUGGGAAGAGGUAGAAGGGAAGGGCCACGUCGCCACCUACAUCGUCAUCGAGGACGGCCGCCUCAACCGUCGGAUGUCCGACCAGCCCUACAAUCUUGCCGUUGUGACGCUGGACCAGGACCCCACUGUGAACUUCUACUCCAACCUGCCGGGCGUCCCGGCCUACCGGGUGCCGGUGGGCGCGGCCGUGGAAGUUACCUUCGAGGAAGUGGCCCCCGGCCAGUUGAUACACGAGUGGCGGGUGGUGGAAUAA